AUGCCCCCGUCCGCGCAUCCGCCAUCCCCCCCCUCCGCCCCACACCCCCCUCACUCCUGCAGCGCGGCGGUGGUGAGCGUGGAGCUGAACAACGAGGGCGAGGAGGCGUUUCGCCCUGACGAGUUUGGCCCGCGCCUGACUGUGGAGCGCCGCAUCACUGACAACGGCUCCUCCACGCUCGCCCUCAAGGACUUCCGAGGCAGGAAGGUGCGCAGCAAGAGGGAAGACCUGGACGAGCUCACAGCUCAUUUCAACUUGGACGUGGACAAUCCAUGCAUAGUGAUGUCCCAGGACAAGAGUCGCGAGUUCCUGCAUUCCGGCACGCCCAAAGACAAGUACAAGUUCUUCAUCAAGGCCACUCUGCUGGAAAAGGUCUCGGCGCGUCUGGGCAGCAUCUCAGGGCGGCUGGUGGUGUGCCGGCGGCAGAUAGGAGAAGCAGAGACGGCGCUGGGGCCCUUAGAGGAGAAGGCGCGGCAGGCGGAGCAGCAGGUGCGCGAGCUGGAGGAGGCGGAGAGCCGCGGGCAGGAGGCGGACCGCGUGACAAAGCAGCUGGCGUGGGCGUACGUGCACGAGGCGGAGCAAGAGGUGGAGGACGCGGAGAGGGCCAAGCGCGAGGCGCAGGAGAGGGUCGCGGAGCUUGAGGAGCGCCUGGCUACCGCACAGAGUCGGGUGGAGACGGUGCAGCAGCAGAUGGAGCAGCACAUGGGGCGCGUGAAGGGGUGCAGCAACGAGGUGGAGCGCGUCAAGGCCGAGCAGGACCGCUUCAGGCAGCAGCUCGCGCAGGCGUCGCGGCAGCGCGGCACAGUGGAGGCAGCGUGUGUGCGGCUCGAGCGCUCGGUGGAGGAUAAGAAGCAGCGAGCGCAGGAGCUCAGCGCGCGUAUCCAGGAGCUUCAGGACCGAGCCAGCAGGAACUCACAGGCGGAUCGGUCGCUGCGGGAUGCUGAGGUGGCAGCAAAGCAGAGCCAGGUGGAGGAGGCAAAGGAGAGGCUCGACAGUGUGAAUCGCGAGCUGCAGACGGCGCAGGGGGGGAUGAGGGAGACAGAGGCCGAGCAGGAGGCUCUGAUGAAACAGGAGGAUGAAGCACGGGCCAGGGCGAGGGACGUGCAGGCGUGGCUGAGGCGGCGGCGAGAUGAGGCCAGGGACAAGCUGACGGCAUUCGGAGGUCAAAAGGUGACGCAGCUGCUGAGGCAAAUAGAGAUGAACAUUGGGAGGUUCAGGCGACCACCCAUCGGCCCCAUCGGAGCUCAUCUGUCGUUGGAGAGGAUCAUUGGAGUCAGCGCACUACAGUCUGGUAGUGGAGCUGGCGGUGGGGCGGAGAUUGGACUCCUUCACAGUCUCAUGUCUCAAGGACUAUCACGCUCUCGUUCAACCAUUUCCCGUCUGUGCCCUCUCGGCCCCCCCCACUUCCAUACUCCCCUCGCCUUCUCUUCCCCCUCUCCUCCCUCUCUUCCCUUUCUCUUUUCCCCACACUCUCCCCCCAUUCCCCCCUUCACACCCUCUUCCCCCCGCCAGUCAUUGGAGUCAGCGCACUACAGUAUGGCAGUGGAGGUGGCGGUGGGGCGAAUGCUGGACUCCUUCAUAGUGUCCUGUCUUGAGGACUACCAUGUGCUCAAGCGCCUUGCAGCCUCCAUCGGCUUACAAAGCCUCAACGUUGUUACUUACGGCUUUGACCUCCCCCCCAUAGAGCCUCCCACACACGUGCUGCCACCGGAGGGGCUUGUGACCGUGCUGUCCGUGCUCAACAUCGCCAACCCUGUCGUGCGCAACGUGCUCAUCGACCAGGGAGGAGUGGAGACGACGGUGCUAGUGCGGGACUUUGACGAGGGCAAGGACGUGGCGUUCAGCCGAGCGCUCGCAUCCCGCAUCAGGGAGUGCAUCACGCAAGACGGCAUGCGCCUCUUCAUGCGAGGCAACCAGGAGGUGAGCCUGCCGUGCAAGCGCAACAUGAGGGGCGGCAGGCUGGGGUGCAACCUGGAGGAGGACGAGGCCAAGGGGCGCGAGGAGGAAGAGCGCCUGCUCUCCUCCGCGGAGCAAUUCCGCAGGCAGAGGGAGGCAGGGGAGCGGGAGCUGCGGCGCAAGAGGAACCAGGUGCAGCAGCUGCAGAUAGCGCAGGGCGACGCGGAGCGUGUGGUGCGCAUGGCUCAGAUUGAGCUGCGGGAGGUGCGGCACCAGAUGCUGGCUGCGCAGCAGUUUGAGUCGCAGGUCAACGUGUCCGACCUGGAAGAGGAGCUGGAGCGUGUGGAGGCGGAGGCAGAAACAGAGAGGGCGUCACUGGAAGAGCAGAAGGGGCGACUGGAGGAGGCAAAGGAGGAGGAGCGGGUGGUGCUGGGGAACAAGGGACGACUUGAAGAGGAGCUGAGGGCGUUGGACGAGGCGUUGGGAGGGGCCAUGGAGCGGAUGGAUCACCUCACCACACAGCAGCGCCGCAUGCAGGCGGCAGUGAAGCGGCUAACAGACGAUCUGCAGCGCCUGCAACACAGUGUAGCAGCAAGCGACGCCGAAAUAGAGCACAAGAGGAGCACCGCACAGGCGAAGCGGCAGCAGGCGGGGAUGGUGUGUGAGGAGGAGGAGGGGCAGCAGGAGGGCGAGGAGGUGAUGGACUCAGAGGACCUGAGGAAGCGCCUCAUGCGCCUGCGCGCCGAGCUGCCCCGGGACUACCAGGCCGUGCUGGCACCGGAGCGAAAGGAGGAGCUGCAGCACAGGGCACAGAAGCUGAGGGGGCGCUACACCGCCACCAGCAACACCAUCCAACUCAUUUCACUCCGCCACGAGCAAUUGGAGAAGUCACUGGGAGUGCGGGUGAAUGCGCUCAGGAUCGACUCCAACCUGCUGGGGCAGAACCUCGACUGGACGUUUCAGGAUCAUCUGAGCAGGAAGCGCUACACGGGGCAUGUGUUGGUUGACCAUACCCAGGGCACACUCACUCUCGAGAUCAACACAUCCACUGGCGCGGUCACUGAUGUUAAAGCCCUAUCAGGCGGGGAGCGGUCGUUUUCAACGCUGUGCUUUGCGCUGUCACUGCACCAGCUCACAGAGGCACCAGUGCGCGCCAUGGACGAGUUUGACAUCUUCAUGGAUAACAUCACGCGCAAGAUCUGUCUUCGGCAUGCGGUGGAUUUCGCCAUCAGCAACGGCAGCCAGUGGAUAUUCAUCACACCACACGACAUCACUGAGGUGGACGACGGGCCUCAGGUGAAGAAGCAAAGGAUGCACCCACCACGCCCGUCAGAAUAG